CCGGGUCCCUCCUCGCGCUCCGGGUCACCGGGGCCGGAUCCUCUUCCAGGGCCUUGGGGCGCCUCCCUGCACUGGCUCCUCUUGGGUCCGCGCUUGGGAGAAGGGCUUUCGGCUUUCUGAGCAGCGUGUUGUGUGAACUGUGGGGUUCCUGGCUGAGCCUGGGGGGCAGGAGGCCAGGCUGCUGGGGUUUCCCGGUGUGAAGGCGCCGCCCCUGUCCCAGGGGUGCCCCCACCUCGGUGGACUGUUCCUGCUUCCUCAGACUAGUCCUGCUUUGUGGCAGAAGAAAUGGGGCGUUUCUUGUUACGUUUAGUGCAGUGAGCAGAAAUCCAGCUCUCACCAGCUAUGGGAGCUCAGGAAGCAGCGAGGGCUCAGAGACCAGGGAGGGAGGGGGACAGAGAGGCCGCCGGCGCCACCGUCUCCGGGCUCCCGGCUGCCUCCCUGCCUCACUCAGGCCCUCGCCCCCCACAGACACCUUAGCUCGCCAGCACCUCUGCAGCUGGCACCCCGGAUUCUGAAUCAGUGGCCUCCCCUUUCCGGUGGAGGGGGUGCUGGUCCCGCCCGGCUGUCGGUUCCGGGGUGAGGGUGAGGGUCUUCGGACGCAGUGGUCCUGGCCUGAUGAAGAGCGGCCUCACCCAGCGUCCAGACCCCAGCUGUGCUCACCAGGGCCUGGGGACACCACAGACGCUGGUCCUGGGGGUCUGGGGGCUGCCGGCCCAGGGACUGUGGGGUGAGGAGAGCUCAGAGGAAAGUGAGGCCCACUUUGAAUAGCAGGUGGAUGCCUUGAUGGAAGCCAGGAGGAUUUUUGGGAGCAGGAGGCGGUGACCCACCAGGAGGUGCAGGCCACACGCAUUGCAGGACGCUCCCAGGUGACACAGUUGGGAGGAAGUCCAGCCCACCCUGAGUGAGACGUUAAGCUUCUACUCAAGUGCUAAUUCUGUUUCUUGAUGAUAUACCCAGAAGCCUCACAUCGUUUUGGGACUGGGAUGGGCUACAAGCAGACACGUGCUUUUUGAUGAGGCUGUGGGCCUCAGACUUGGUUUUCUGUGUGUCGGGCUCUUGCUGAGCAUCGGGGUGGAGUCUAAGUCUGGCCCAGUGAGGAGUGAGGGUGGUGGAGGGGGCUGCUUUGGAAACGGCUGUGUCUCCCUAAUCAAUGGAAGUGGGCGGAUCCUGGGCUGAGCCAUGCCGGGACCAGCCUGCCCCUGAGUGGAAAUCCCAGCACAGCCUGCCCACUGCGAAGAACGGCCAUGCUGGCCUCCGGGUGCUGUGUGCGGUGACAGUUUCUAUGCCAUCUCAAGCUGUGCAGGAGCAGGGCUCACGGCAGCUGGCGGCCGGCACCCCCUCGCCUGGAGACAGCCGUCCUGCUGCGGGGUCUGCGGUGCUGGAGGGAAGGCUGCUGCUGGAGUCUCUUACUGGCUUUGCUCUGGUCGUGAGUGCAGAAGGGAUGAUAUUUUACGCAUCAGCAACGAUCGUGGACUAUCUGGGCUUCCACCAGACCGACGUAAUGCACCAGAACAUUUACGACUACAUCCACGUGGACGACCGCCAGGACUUCCGCCGGCAGCUGCACUGGGCCAUGGACCCUCCCCAGGUGGUGUUUGGGCAGCCCCCGCCCUCCGAGGCAGGAGAUGACGCCGUCCUGGGGAGGCUGCUCAGGGCCCAGGAGUGGGGCGCAGGCGUGCCCACCGAGUACUCUGCCUUCCUGACCCGCUGCUUCGUCUGCCGUGUGCGCUGCCUGCUAGACAGCACCUCAGGCUUCCUGACGAUGCAGUUUCAAGGGAGACUAAAAUUCCUGUUUGGACAGAAGAAGAAGGCACCCUCGGGGGCGGUGCUCCCACCGCGGCUGUCGCUGUUCUGCGUUGCUGCUCCGGUUCUCCUCCCCUCCGCCACGGAGAUGAAGAUGAGGAGCACACUUCUGAGGACCAAGCCCAGGGCCGACGCUGUGGCGCCCACGGAUGCAAAAGUAAAGGCCACCGCGAGUCUGUGCGAAUCGGAACUGCAUGGAAAACCCAGUUACUCAGCAGGAAGGAGCAGCAGAGAAAGCGGCAUUUUGGUGCUCAGGGAACAGACUGACACUGGCCGAUGGGCACAGGUUCCCGCCAGAGCCCCAUGUCCGUGCCUCCGGGGCAGCCCUGACCUUGUCUUCGACCCCAAGGGGACCUCAAGGGACAGGGAGGAGGAGCAGCAGAGGGUGCUGAGCAGGGCCUCUGGAGCUACAGGGCGGAGGGAGAUGCCGGGACCCGCAAAGCUCCUGCCUUGGACGGCAGGAAGGCGCAGUGAGGAUGGUGCCCGGCAGAAGCUGCAGCACAGCCAGAGUGGCCUACUCUCCCUGCGCCCCACGUCCCGCGGCUCCUGCCUGCCCUACCCGUGUGUCCAGGGCACUUUCAAUGCCAGUGGCUCGGGCACAUUCAGGAACUUGCCUCUCUCUCAGCCUCCGAGCCCGUCCCCCAGUGCCCACGCCAUCCGGACCAGCAGAGCCUCGCGGGAUGUUAGUGAGGACCAGGUGCACCCUCCCCUCUGCCACUUUCCGCAGGGGAGCCUGCAGCACCCUCAGUCUGAAGCUCAGCGUUUGGCCUCGAGGGGCUAUCCCACAGAGGACGUGAAGCUGCGAGGCGUGCAGAUGCCUCCGGGGGGCCUGUGCGGCCCGACACUGCUGCUAGAUGUGCCCAUCAAGAUGGAGAAGGACGCUGGGUCUGAGGAUGCUGCCCAUGGCUGCGUGCCCAGCCAGGUGUGGGGGUUGGGGGCCGGGGAGAGGAGCUGUCCGGUCACCUUCCCUACCAGGAUGCCCCUGAAGACAGAGCCAGACUCCCUGCACCAGGUCUACAGUGCACACCUGGGGUAUGGCGUGCUGGGGGCUCAGCCCCACAACAGGGCCACUGCGGGGCGCAGCAGGGAGCUGGCCCGUUUCCAUCCCGCACACUGCGCGCGCCAGGAACCCACGCACAGCCUUCCCCAGCGGGAGCCUCCCCACCAGCUCUGCGCGCGGGGCCGAGGCGAACCGUCCUCCCUGCCGAGCUGCACCUGCAGAGCUGCUGAGGCCGCCCCUGUGGUCAAGCGCGAGCCGCUGGACUCGCCCCAGUGGGCCGCUUACAGCCAGGGAAGGGCGCCUGGGAUGUUUCCCAAAAGUGCCUUGACGACGCUGGUCCCACCCCAAGCCUCAGAGUGCACAUUCCUGCCGUAGCGCAGGGACCACCAUCCAAACUCAGGUCCGUCCGUCUAUGCUCAGAUGCAGCAGUGGCUGGGCUGACCCCCCAGCCUGGUGAGGCCGGAGAUCUUCCCAAGAAAUGCCCCGCAGAGCUGCACGUGCACAGUCCGUCUGUGUGCGCAGCAUACGUGGUAGUGUAUUACAAAUUUUAUAACGUAACCAUUCUUAAAUGCGAACUGGCCUUAAGUCUACUCAGGCAUGACAGCAUUUUCUCUUUGAGGAAUUAAAAUCUUUAAUCAAGUGGUCAUGGCUGGACAGUGUGAAGCCUGAGAGGCAGGGAGCGCCGGCCCACUGCCGCCAAGUCCACAGUCGGGGAAGCUGCGAGCAGCGCUUCUAGCUGGGCCCUCCCUGUCCAUCUGCAGCUUCCAGCCUGUGCUGUGCAGGCCAGGCGGCGUCAGCCCAUCGCUGGAGUGCGCUGCAGAGGCCAGCACCCGGCAAAUUAGAAAUACACCUCGCGGAGAAAGGGGCUGUGAGCCCACUCAAGGAGGAAUCUAGAAUACUCCAGGCAGCAGAGGCUGGCAGUACUGCGUACCACACUGCCCCGCGCUGUGCGGCAGGUGCUCCGUGGCGCCAGGACAGAGUGAGGCCAGGUCUGGACUAGAAAUGGACAGGGUAACACCUGUUCCUUCUGGACAUCUCCCGUGUUCUUAGUGGGUCUCUGCGGAUGGCCUUACUAAUCUGCCUCUUGGUAGAUCAUGUAAUCCAGAGUACACAGACCUGAUAGGAGACAGUGCUGUCUGUGGGGUUUUUCUGUCUGGCUGUCUCCAUAGUUCACUCAGAUGAGGGUUCCCAUGGCCAUUCUCGGAGAAUAAUUAGGUACAAGACGGACAAGUAUUAACAGCAUUAAAACAGCUGUAAAGGCAAUAUAUUCUGAGGGUAGGAAAUUUGGAUACAAAAGCAAAGUCAGAAAGUGAAGGUCAGUGGUCUACCAACCCGAGAUAACUUAAGAGCUGAUGGUGUAGUUCAGGCUUCUUCCAUGCUGCACCCGGCUGGUGCAGGCAUCACAUCAGGGUCGCUACCAAGCAGGAGGAAGCCGUGGCACGAGGCCCCUCUCCUCGGGGACGUCAGCUCCACUGGGAGAGCCCUCGGAGUGAGGGACCCACCAUCCCAUUGCACUGCGCAUUCUGCCUCCUGCGUGGACUCCCCCCGUCGGUGACUUUGGAGUGUCAGUGUUUAGCCCCUGGUUUAAUGGUGAAGCCAUUUGUUAAAUGCACACCCACUUUGUCAAAACCCAGGUCUGGUUGGUGGGACUGGGUCUUCUGCCCAUUGCCAGGUGCCUGCACCCCUCAGCAGCCUGGUUCUGGGACAGUCUGCCCCCACGUGGCAGGGACAGGGAUAAGGCUCUCCUCCCAGAACUGAAAGAGGAAGACCAAACCCCUGAGCCCAGAGUCACAGAUCCAACAUGGCCUCCUUUGACUCCCAAGCCCUGCCAAGGGGCCACUCACUCUGCUCAGCCACGGGGCGCCUUUCGAAAGGGACAGAGCUACCCAGGGGCCAGUCACCUGUGAGGACCGGCCCCUAAUUCCCACCUUGGCCCCUCACUGCACAGAGUCCUCUUUAUUUCUCAUGCGGACCAUGGCACACCUCUGGUCUCUGGGCAUUUAUGGAUUUAAGACCAGGAUGGUAUUUCAGAAGCUUCCCACUUCCUUCCUAUUCUAACCAAGUGCCCAGUUCCUUUCCUGAUCAUGGAAAGACCCUUAAUAAUUAGACCAGCAGGCCAGGUGCAGUGGCUCAUGCCUAUAAUCCCA